AAGGCUUAGCAUAUUAAAGCUCAGUCGUUGAAUGGCUCUUCGAGUAAACGCAUCGAAACCGGGAACAUUGAGAUUACGAAAAAUAAUUUUUUUCAGUAUUUAAUAUAGAUCGGCAAUAUGUCGCAAAACUUUUGUAUGGAACAUAAAAAUUUGAAACGUGAACGUGUUAAAAAAAGCCAUGCUACUAUAAAAAAAACUAGUACGCCUAAUAAAAUUAGUGCUGCAAGACUUGAUAUUUCACUCUCUGAGAUCGACUCGGCGACAUCUUCCUCAAGCGGAAGCAAAAAGGCAUUAUUGUGGAAGUCAUCAGAAACAAAUGUGAUAGAAAGUCAACAGAAAAAUGAGAGGAAGAACAAAAGAGUAAGUAAAAACAGGCGAAUACAUUUUUUGUCUCAAUCGUCGAUAUCGACUACAAUAUUGGAACAGAGUGAGUGGGAAACUGUGGAGGAGGAAACUGACAAGUCUUUAGCAAGUUCUACACCAAAAAAACAUGAUAAUACUGAGAACAUAAAAUUAUUCGAAGAUUUAACGCGUACCCCGGAAAUGACUCGGGAAGGGAUCGCGUUCGAAUCUUUGUCAUCACCAAUUAUUGAGAGAUCUAGGAGAUUGUAUUUAGAAAAAAAUACACAGCAUGAUAACUUGCUACCGAUUGAUUUAUCAUUGAUGAAGGAGCGAGAUCGUCGAGAGAACGAAGAUGAAAUAACUUUACAUCGCGAGAGCAAUGUUAAAACAUAUCUAACGGCGAGAGAAGUAAGAAAAAAGCAUGGUAAGCUUUGGUGUGCGAUUCUCGGAUACUAUGAGUAUGACUCAAAAAAUGAAUUUGUGACAUCUACACCUCUACCCCCGCCAAGACCGUUCACGAAAAGAAAGGAGCUUUCAGCUUCUCAAAACCUGAAAACAAAAGUUUCUAGACAACUAUUUGAAUCUGAUGAAGAUGAUCCGAUCCCUCCGGGAAAGAUGCGCAUUCGAGGCUCAUUAGAUAGAAAAACAUGCGAAAAGAAAGGACGAUGGGCACGAACAUAUAAAUAUGGAACCAAGAGGAUUAAUAAAAGGAAAGCGGAAAAGGAAAGCGAUUCACAAAGCGAUUCACAAAGCGAUAUUUACAGUAAAGAUAACGUAGAUAUUGAAUUCGAAACUGCUGGACCAUUUGGGAAAAAAAUGACUCUUGCUCAAUUUCGUCACAGACAAAAAAUGAACAAAUCUUCCUUGAUGGAAGAAAAUUUAACAAUAUAAAAUUUUUGUAUAUUAAUUUUGUUAUUUAUAUAUUUAUAUAUGCGUUUAUGCGAUUAUUUUGUUUGCUUGUUAUAUGUUUACAUGUUUAUAGUUGUUGUAUAAAUACUAGUAACUCAUAUAAAUAUCGUUAAUUUAUAUUUGCUAAGAUUUCUUAUAUUUAUA